AUGUAUCUUCAUGGAUGCACACUCUUGGUAUAUGACACAUUCAAGGGUCUUGGAAAUGAAGGAUCCUAUUUUGAUGACCUUGAACCCGAUCCUGAAUCAGGCUCCUAUUUUGAAGACCCCAAAUCCAAUCCUGAAUCAGGAUCUUAUUUUGACUACGCCGAAUCCGAUCCUGAAUCAGGAUCCUAUUUUGACGACUGCGAACCUGAUCCUGAAUCAAGAUCCUAUUUUGAUGACCCUGACCUCGACUACGAUGAUGACCCUGACCUCGACUACGACGACGAUGACCCCGACUCCGAUGACGACCCCGAUCCUGAAUCUGUCUAUGAUUUAGAUCUAGAUCCCGACUUCGACUCCGAUCCUGGCUCAGGCUUAGAUCCCGAUCCGAAUUCCAACUAA